AUGGCCCACCCACACGACCUCCGAGCAGCUCACACACGCCACAAGACGCUGGUCCGCCUCCAACGUUUCUUCUGUGACGAGAUAGAUGCCCCCGCAGCGACAGGAGUACGUCCACCUCGUGUCCGGCUCCUGGUCAAAUUCUUCGAGCGAGACCACUUGUGCGAGGCAAGGGCCAAGCUGCUUCCCGUUGACUCGCCGCAGCCCAUCGUACUAAGUCCAAGGCUCGGGUAUGCUGAGGGUACAGGGGGCUUCCGUGAGCAGGCCGAUGUCUAUGCCAUCCUCCGGGGUUCCAGAGGCGAGUUCAUCUGGAUGCGAAGCGAGAAGGCGGCGAUGACCAGCGGAGCGUCCUGCCCAUCCCCAUAUCUCGUCGACAACAACAAUAUUGCAACUCGAACUAGCACGCGGGCCCCAGCUCCCCCGUCGACACUGCUCUUAGCCUCCUGCCUCUCCGAGUACGCCCACACCCUCGACAGCCUCCCCACCGCGAAGAUCUAUGAAGAGGCCACGCGCGUCAAGCACGGCGGCGAGGACACGAUACGCAUCGUAUGCCACGUCGCUGACAGGCCCCGUUACCGCCGGGCACACAUGCGGACUCUCCUGGACCCGAUGCCCGACAAGAAGUUCUCGAAAACCGCUGAGCAGCUCGGGAGGAGGUCGUUGUACCUGCACGUUACGUCCAAGCAGUACUACCCGCCCGGCGUGACCGGCGAGGGCAGGCGUCGAAACCGACGGCAGGCUGGCGCGAACACAAGUUGUGGCCGCUUGCUGCUGAACGGUACAUACCCCAAUUUAGAGAAGAAGAAGCCGGCGCAGAGGGACGACGACGCCUAUGUGACUAGGAAUCCGCGCAAGAAGGAGCGUCUCGAGGGUGCUCCAGCCCCGAGAUAG